ACGUUUUUUAUUUAUAACCCCGGAAAACGGCGGGCUGCUUUUACAAUGCCCGUAAAUCUGCAAUUCUGCAAAUAUAUAAACCGGACGGAGCAAUCAAUAAGAUGAUCUUACAACCAUCUCAAGCAAUUGUCCUUACAACCAUCACCACUUGCACAUCUCGCUGAAGAAACAAGAAAGAUUGAGAGCAAUGGCUGAAGCAAUUGUAGAUGAUCUUUCUGCUGGACUGGUCCGAAAGCUAAUUUCACUUGCAACUGAUGAAGUGAUUCAGAUCUGGAAACUUGACGAAGAUUUGAAGACACUGCGUCAGAGAUUUGAAUCGUUCGGUGCUCUCUUGCAUGACGCUCAAAACAAGAAUUUAAUCAUGUCUAGUGCCAAAAUUUGGUUCAACAAACUUGAAGAAGUGGCUCAGGUGGCUGAAGCUUUUAUGGAUGAACUCGAGUAUGAAGUUUCUCGAAGAAAAGUUGAGAAUCGUCACAGGGUAAAAGACUUCUUCACUCCUUCUAAAAACUCCUUAUUAUAUCGUUUCAAAGUGGCUCAUAAGAUCAAGAAUAUUAAUACUUCCUUUGACAAGAUCUGUAAAUGGGCUACUGUUAUUGGACUUAAGCCAGUAGAGCAUUUGAGAUCUACUGUACAACACAGAGAGAUACGCUACACCCAACCCUUUGAAGACGAGUCGCUGAUUGUCGGAAGAGAUGAUGAUAUAUCAUUUCUAGUUAACAUGUUGUGCAACCAAAAUGAUGAGGGUUUACAGGUGAAUGCAAUACUCGGGAUGGGUGGUCAAGGCAAAACAACUCUUGCCCGCAUAGUUUACAAUAGAGAUGCUGUGAUCAACAUGUUUCCCAAGAGGAUGUGGGUCACUGUAUCAGAUGAUUUUGAUUUCAUUAAGAUUUUAAAUCAAAUGGUGGUGUCACUCACUUCAAGCCCUUCUGUGUUGGAUAAUCCAGAAGGUCUGAUCAAAAAUCUUCAAAAAAAGCUGAAGGGCGAAAAGUUUUUACUUGUGCUAGAUGAUGUUUGGAAUGAGAAUCCAGAAGAGUGGGACAAGUUGAGGAAUUCUUUGCUUGGAGUUGGGGGUGCGAGAGGCAGCAAAAUUUUUGUCACCACUCGGAAGCAGGAAGUGGUUGAUGCUACGCAGUGUUCUGAUCCUUAUCUGGUGAAAAAACUAACAGAGGAAGAUAGUUGGGAAUUGUUUAAGCAAAGAGCAUUUUUGAAUAGAGGAGUUUUAGACACAGAGGCAUUUAUUGCCUUGGGUAAAACAAUGGUAGAAAGAUGUGGCGGUCUUCCUCUCGCAAUUAAAACACUAGGGAGUUUAUUGUACUCAAAGAAGACUGAAGAAGAGUGGUUGCUAAUCCAAAACAGUGAAAUAUGGAAAUCAAGAGGUGUACUGUCUUCCUUAAGGCUGUCAUAUGACAAUCUACCUUGCUCUUCUUUGAAGCGAUGUUUUGCAUAUUGUUCCAUUAUGCCAAAGGAUCAUUAUAUUUAUAAAGAUAAAUUGAUACAAAUAUGGAUGGCAUUAGGAUUCCUUCCGGGGGAUGGCACUGUCUUGAUGGAAGACACUGGAAAUGAGUACUUUGACAUUCUGUUGGGGAAUUCUUUGUUACAAGAUGUGGAAAAGGAUAAAUAUGGAUAUAUUACCAACUGCAAGAUGCAUGAUCUUGUGCAUGAUCUUGCACUUGAGGUGUCAAGUAAUUAUUCUAUUACUGCAAAUCCAAGUCAUGAUGUUAACAAGGGAUCAAAGGCUACAUAUUUAAGGCUGGAAGGAUUCAAAGAUGUAAAACCAAGUAUGUUUAAGCUACGCUUUGAUACAAUACAAGCACUAUAUGCAGAGGCCACUAUAUUUUACUGUGUGCUACCCAAACUCAAGUACUUGAGAGUUUUGGUUUUAAAUUCAUUUUGUGAGGAGCUGCCUGGUUUAAUUGGGAAUUUGAAAUGCCUUAAGCAUUUAGAUGUCUCUAGGAUUGCAUAUUCAAAUAUCAGCUAUAAACUGCCAAACCAAGUUACAAGGCUCUACAACUUACAGACUCUUAGAAUUUCAUCGCUUCAUGAGCUUCCGGAAAACAUCUGCCAACUUGUAAACUUGAGACAUCUUGUUAUUGGCAAUACUAAAACAAGAUACAUGUUUGUUGGGAUUGAAAGGUUAACUUGUUUGCAAACGCUGCCUUAUUUUGUUGUGAAGAAAAAUCAAAACUGUCUCGUUGGACAACUUGGAAUGUUAAAAAAUCUUAGAGGUACGCUUAAACUCUAUGGCCUUAAUGAGGUGGAGAAUAUUGAAGAAGCACGUAAAGCAAAGCUUUGUGAAAAGUCCAAUAUUCGACAUUUACUGUUGAACUGGAGGAGCAAUGAAGAUGAAAGGGAAGACGGAGAAUACACUGAUGAGGGUGUGUUGGAAGGAUUGGAACCCCACCCAAAUCUCAAAGCAUUGGAAAUUGAAGACUUUAUGGGAAAGAAAUUUGCGUCAUGGAUCCCAAUGAUGACCAACAUGGUGAAAAUCGCCAUGACAGAUUGCAGCAGGUGCGAAGGAUUUCCUCCACUGGGUCACCUUCCUAAACUGAGAAAGAUAUGUAUAGAGAAGAUGGAAAAUGUCAAGGUUAUAGGAAAUAAUUUAUGUGGAGGCCUAAAUCUGGCCCAAAAACCAGACACAGCAGCAAUGUAUCCGUCAGUGACAAAACUGAUUUUGCGGAAAUUGCCAAAGCUAGAAGAAUGGGUGGAAGACAUUUUCAGUAAAGACCAAACUGUAUUUCCUAAACUUGAGAAGUUGGAAAUCUCAGAUUGUCCAAGGUUGAGAAAGAUCCUGAAUAGCUGUUUUCCGUCCUUGAAAGAUUUGAGUAUCACAAAUUCGGAGAGCAACAUGAUACUGGAAACUAUGUAUAUGCAUCUUAGCUCACUCACCACUUUACACCUGCGGAAAAUCAGCGACGGAGGAGGGCAUUUAUCAUCAUCUUCUUCUUGCUCCAACUUGGAAUCAAUACUCAAAGUGCUAUUAAAAAAUAAUUCUCUGUCUUUGACCUCAUUACUACUCUUUGACUGCCCGAAUCUAGCAAGUGUUAAUAUAGUUGAAGGAUCAGCUGGUCUAAAACAUCUCGCACUAGUGAGGGUCCCCUCCUCUCUUGUAGAUGGAAUAUCCGCCCAAAUUCAGAGUUCCACACUUACACACUUACGGUUAGGUCCCUUCUGGGAUGAAUUUCCGUGGCCAUUCCCUUCUUCAUUAGAUUCAUUCCCUAACCUAGUUGUGCUUUUUCUGCGAGGGUUGGAAAAUGUAAAGUCAAUAGCGCUCUUUGAGCAGCUUCAGUUCUCCACCUUCCCUGCCUUGACUCAAUUAGUUAUACAUAAUUUCGGAGGUAUGAAGACUCUUGUCCUGUCAAUAGCAAAGCUUCCAUCUCUUAAGGACUUAUCUAUUGAGAAUUGUAAGGAUUUGGAGAGAGUGUCUCUGUUUGAUGAAUCUCAUUGCCUCCGAUAUCUAGAGAUAAGAGGGUGUCCAAUUCUGAAAGAAAGAUGUAGAAAAGAGAGCGGGCCAGAAUGGUUCAAGAUUCAACAUAUUGCACAUGUCAUAUGGGAUGGUGAGAUGUGGACUUGGCACGGGGAUACUUUAUGAUCUAAAGAUAUUGCACAAGUGUGGCCCUUUUUCGCUAGCACCGAUGAAUAAUGAGUACGCACUUUGUUGUCCUAUCGUCCCACAUAAUGGCUGGAUUUUGGACAACUUGAAUGGGUCUCGGUUGGACUAUUUCUAUGCAUUUUAUGCUGUUUUGAGCUUUUCAUUAAUCUCUUGUUCUUUCUGCUGACUGCAAACUUUUUUCUUUACAACAAUGAAGAAAAAGAUGCUAUAAUAGAGUUAGAAAACUAAGCUGUGUCUGUGGUUUGGUUAUCAAGCAUUUUCUAUAUUAGGCGGAAACUUGUUCCAAAAUAGUGUCACCAAUAUUUUACUUUCUCAAUUUUCAUGCUUCUUUUUCAUCCA